UGACCUGACACCCCUGACCCCAGUACAGACACACAUCACGUCGCGCAUACCAAACCCUAAUAUCUCCAUCUUUGUAUUCCCCUUUGGUUUCUCACUGGCCUCUUAGUUUUAACCGCUAUGCCUUUCAUCGCCCCACACCAAGUUCCCAUUUUGCUUUCUUUCAGAUCCAUUUGAUGCGUUCUGAGGUUUGCUUAUUCCAAUAUCUGUACACUUUGUUAACUUAUUGGAGAUUGUGUUUAUUCGCUUUGUGGUUGUGGUUAUGAACAGGAGUGAUUUUAUUUCAAUCUGCAUGUUGUCCGAUCAUGGAACUGUAGAUCUGAAUCUGUGUACUAGUGUUGUGUUAAUUUUCCCUGUUUGAAGAUGAUUUAAGAUUGAUCUUCACUUUUUUGGAGAUGAAUUACUGGGAAUUGGUAUUCGUUCCCAUCGAAAUUGUAGCUUCUUAGCUUUUCAACCUUCUGUGUAUUAUUGAUCAGUGAUUAUCAGCUCCUAUCUUACUAUAAAGUUCAGAUUUUUGUUGAUGUUAUUGUGGGGGAGAUAAGGAUUCUCAGAGGAUUGGCUAUUUCCAGACAUCUCUCUCUUCCCCCCCCCCCCCCCUUUUUUUUUUCUUUCCGUGUAUUUUUUUUUGAGGAGGUAUUCUUGGUCCUUGAGAGUUGAAAAUUUAAGGUGGCAAAGAUGUCUUUCAAGAGCAUACUUCAGGACAUGAGGGGUGAGUUCGGUAGUAUGUCUAGAAAAGGGUUCGAUGUAAAGUUUGGUUAUGGAAUGCGAUCGAGGUCACACAGGGUGGUCCAGGAUAGCUCUUUCAUGCCUGUUGAUGCAUUUAAGCAGAGCUGUUGGGCUAACAUGCCGCCUGAGCUUUUGAGGGAUGUGUUAAUGAGAAUUGAGGCAUCUGAGACUACCUGGCCAUCCCUGAAGAAUGUCGUUGCUUGUGCUGGUGUCUGCAGAAAUUGGAGAGAGAUUAUGAAAGAAAUUGUGAAAACACUGGAAGAAUCAGGCAAAUUGACAUUCCCAGUCUCCUUGAAACAGCCUGGUCCAAGGGACUCUCUUCUUCAAUGCUACAUCAAACGGAAUCGUAGCAAUCAAACAUAUUAUCUCUAUCUUAGCUUAAAUCAAGCAUCAAAUGACGAUGGUAAGUUUCUUCUUGCUGCACGGAGGUGCAGACGGGCUACAUGCACAGAUUACAUAAUGUCUUUAAACUGUGACAACUUGUCCAAAGGAAGCAGCACAUACAUUGGAAAGUUGAGGUAUUGUCAGCUAUUAGAUGAUGUGACAGAUCUUUUUUCCCCUUGUUUUGUAAGUCUAAUUUUGUGGUUUCAUUUCCGUUAUAACAGAUCCAAUUUUCUCGGAACCAAGUUCACAAUCUAUGAUGCACAGCCUCCAAUUUCUGGAGCCAAAGUUGCUAAAUGUCGCUCCACCAGGAUAGUUAACAUGAAGCAGGUCUCCCCCACAGUCCCUGCAGGGAACUAUCCUGUGGCCCAUAUCUCCUAUGAGUUGAAUGUCUUAGGUUCAAGAGGUCCAAGGAGAAUGCAAUGUGUUAUGGAUGCCAUCCCUGCCUCUGCUAUUGAACCUGGUGGAGUGGCCCCUACACAGACUGAAUUACUGCAUAGCAACUUGGAUUCUUUUCCAUCAAUUCCCUUUUUUAGAUCAAAAUCCAGUCGCACAGAGAAUUUCCAAUCUGGUCCUUUGGCUGGCUAUAAAGAUGGAAUGCUAGUGUUAAGGAACAAGGCACCCAGGUGGCAUGAACAACUCCAGUGUUGGUGCCUGAACUUCAAUGGACGGGUGACAGUUGCUUCAGUUAAGAACUUUCAGCUGGUUGCUUCUGCCGAGAAUGGAGUGGGCAGGCAAGAGCAUGAGAGCGUAGUACUCCAGUUUGGAAAAGUAGGAAAGGAUGUGUUCACCAUGGAUUAUCAAUAUCCCAUCUCUGCUUUCCAGGCAUUCGCUAUAUGUCUUAGCAGCUUUGACACCAAGAUCGCAUGUGAAUGACAGACAAGCCGAAGGUAUCAUAUGGUUGAAUAUGGCAUUUGUUGGCUUGUAGCUGCAUGGCAUGGGAGCAUUCUGCGACAAAGUUUCUGGGUAGUUUAAUUUGGUUCCUUCUAAUUGCCAUGUGAAGAGUUAGGGUUUUAAUUUUUUGAAUUAUUCCUGUACAUAUUAUGAGCCAAAUGUGCUCCAAUCUGUAGGAUGUACCGUGGCUGACAAAAUUGUGUUAGAUAAUUGACGCCUUAACAGGGAGUUGAUUUUUGAGAGAUCACAUGUAUUUUCCUAGUUGAAGGUUGGGUGGGGUGCUUCGGAUGUUGUAUAUUUUGGAGCUCUGAAAAGAAAUUGCUUCCCUUGUUGAACAUUUAGAAACUUGGAAUUUGCUAAUCUUGUGUGCUUGACAAAA